GCCACGCAUUCUCUCCCAUGAUCGGCUGGACGCCACGGGGGUCAAACCCGCAAUCACAGUCUCUAAAUGAGGCGCGGGAGGAAGCCUAUAAAUUCAUUAUUGGCGUAUCUGGAUCGAUAUCUGUGCUUUCACUUCUCACAAUAUGCCUUGUCGUUCCAUCUAUGUAUAAUCUGGUAGAUAACAUCGGGCAGUUCAGCAGGCUGGACUUUGCUUAUUGCGAGAGCGCUAUGUCUGACAUGGAACAAGAGAUGAUUUCUGUUCGCGAGUCCUAUAAAGAAGUUGCUCUCAAUCGAUCCAGUCGUGCUGCCAGCUAUGGAAACUACAAUCCUUCUAUGCUUGUAAAUGAUUCUCCACAAUUUCAGGAGUGCCCUGCAUGCUGCGUUCCCGGUGAACGAGGCCCUAUGGGAGAUCCCGGACUUCCGGCUCUUCCUGGAGCUCCAGGUCCUGAUGGAGCCCCUGGACGGCCUGGAACAACACCAAAUGCGUCUUGUAUUCCUGAACGAGUGUUUGAGCCACCUCCAUGUUUACCUUGCCCUCAAGGACCAAGAGGACUUCCGGGACAUCCUGGUUUCCCCGGUGAUCCCGGAGAUCCUGGGAUUGCUGGACGACCUGGUUCCGAUGGUCUUCCAGGAAAACAAGGAGAACCGGGACCUGCCGGACCUCCGGGUCAAACUGGAAGCGCUGGGCCACCUGGUGAUAAGGGAAGAACUCCCGAGGCCCAUGUCAUUCCCGGACCACCAGGAGAUCCAGGAUCACCCGGCCCGUGGGGGCCACCAGGAAGCCCUGGAAUGCCAGGCGAGGAUGGUUAUCCGGGAACACCAGGAGAGAAGGGAUGGCCAGGACCACCAGGUGCG